AUGAAUUUACACAUUUGGGUCUCUUUCAUUUUCGUUAUUUCAAUGAUAUACAAAAGUAAUGCUGAAAUAAAGUGUCUUCCAAAGACCACACAAUGCACCGAUGGAUUUUCCGUCUUUGGUAAUUUAAAUGGUGAUCCACAGUAUUGCUCGACUUUGAUAAUAAAUUACGACUUUUCGAUAUCCAAAAAGUGUCUUGACAUCUUUUUAGUUAUUCCUAAAAUCGAAAUAUCAGCUCAGCGUUUGAAUGUUACGAUAGUUGAUAACAUCUUUGAAAGUAUCACAGAUGUCACCAUAGACGAACUAACACAAAUCACUUUAAAAGGGUUUUUAGACAUCUCCAACAUUGAAAGACUCAAUGUGGGAAAGCUUGUAAAAAUAGUUUUAGAUGGUAGCACCACAUUUAAUAAAAGUUUUGUUAUACCCGCUUCAUGUGUUUUGCAAGUGGAUGGCAUUUUAACACUCGAAAGCUCACAAUUGUGGAUUUCAUUUUUAUCAACAUUCUAUACAAGUAAGCUCAUUUUGAAUGGAAAUUCCCUUGCUGAUUUUUGGGCUAUAAGACCUCAAGGCUUUAAUAAAAAUGGCACUUUUGACAUCGAAGUUUUUGGGUCUUCCGCUCUCAGAUUUUAUCAGUCGGUCUUUGCUCCGAAUGGGUAUUCUUUAUUUCAAACGAUUCAGUUGCACGACGAGUCGAUAGCCAACAUCGAUUCAUCAGAAGUCUUUUCAAACUUUGUCUUAUUUGACUCAAGUGAAAUAAUUGUGAGUGCGGAACCGUACUACGUUGGAGAAAUUGGAGGGGUUUGUGAGUUUCAUAACACUUCGAAAUUUAUAGUAAAAAACGUUGCGACGGUAGACAGUGAAAUGAUAUUUCAUGAUCAAUCUGUGUUAGAAAUCAAUCAACUUGAAAUGGUUGAGUCAAUCGAAUUUAGUGGGGUGACUUUUAAAAACGAUUCUGAAGUGCGGUUUGUGAAUAAAGACGUUACUAUGAACACUAACUACUUUCUUGUGACAUCGUCUUUUUCUUUUGAAGACAACUCGAAAGUCAUUUUCUUUAAUGCUCGGGUCAAUUUCUCUGGGGAUUUGAGUUUAAUUGGAGAAAGUGAAUUUCGUGUGUCUAAUUCAAAGGUAAAGGGACAAUCCAAAUUGAUUUUUUAUGAUACUUCAAAACUUCUUUCAGAUGACAGCGCAACGAUUAAUAUGAAUUUGAUCCAUUUUUAUAACAGUUCAAGUUAUAUUGUUGGGUCGGGUGGGUAUUCUUCAACAACUCCAAUGCUGAUAUUUUCUGGCCAUUCCACAUUGAGUAUUGCAAACGGUGGACAACUCUUAUGUGCGUUUGACGUGUUGACAGAAGGGUUUCCAGGUGAAGUGGUGUUUGAAGACUUCACUUCUGUAUAUCUAGAGAAAGCUUAUGUGAACAUCCCAUUUUCACAUGUUUACAUCAAAGAUAAAACUGUUGUCACAAUGUCCCAAAGCCAAUUUCUCGUAUACGGAAAAUUGCACAUUAACGACUCAGUGGAAGUCACUCUCAAUACAAUGUCUUCGUUUACAAUUGACCCUUCUGAGAAACAUUCUAUAGACAACAAAUGCAAAGAUCUUAUUGAAUACACAGAAGAAUGUAAUGCACUUAUUAUUAAGGGGAAUGUAAAAUUUUUCACAGAUAAUACAGUUAACAAAUCCACACCACUUUUGUUUGUUACAAAUGGAGGAGCUGUCAUUGAAAAGGGUGUUCAAUUUUUCCAAACGAACAAUGUUUGUAUAGAUGUAAUGUCACAUGAAAACAAAAUAUACAACAAAUUGGAUGUGUUAAGCAAUGAAGGGUAUUACUCUUUAUCUUCAGGAAGAUUACUGCGAUACUGCAAAGAACAAUACGAAGCAGAAGUUUAUUGUUCAGUCUAUUUUAAAAACGUGUAUGACUCUGAGGCAUUCAAGCAGACUUAUUGUCCUUGUUAUUCAACGGAAACAGAGAAGUGUUAUACAAUAUCACAUUACUUUGAAAUUCUUUUCUUAGACAACAAAGUGUCGACACAAUUUGAAACAUAUGUUUCGAUUAUAUUCAAGAACGAAACGUCCGAGAAGCAACACAUUGAAGGGAAACUGUAUUAUGUUGUUCUGUGGAGUGGACUUUCUGUUUUGAUGAACGACAAGAGUGUUAUUGAAAGAGAUGGGUAUACCGUUUCAGUAAACUGUUCAUCAGAUAACAACUUUGAACCAAAGAAUAUUAUACAAGUGGAUAAUAACAUUGUCACAUUCUGUUCAAAAGAAAACAAUGUAAUUUCACUUCAUUGUCAACUUAAUACUUUUAAUGUCCAAACUAUUCAAAUUACAUUUGAUAUGUUGGUUAUUGCAAAGAAUGGAUAUUAUGUGAAUGGUGAUAAAUCCACAUUGUGUAAUUAUGGAAUUCUCACGUCUCAGUCACACAAAUGUUUAAGAAUCAAAAGUAUUGAGUGUGGUAAAUACUUUUACCCAAGCAAAGAUUUUACAACAUGCCUCGCAGGACCGAAGAACUGCACGCGCCCAAUUAAUAGUGAAAGGUGUUCUAUGUGUGACGAUGGGUUCAUAUUAGUUGAUGGCAUUUGCAUUGAAAACAAUGAUGAAAGUUGUGUCCACACGACACACAACCAUUGUGUAAACUGUUUGGAUAAUGGCAUUUCAAGAAUGAAUUGUUCAAGUGAACAUACGCCUUCAAAUUGUGUUGAUUAUUUCAAUGAUAGAUGCUUUAUUUGUGAUAUCAAUAAUCACUAUAUAUUACAAAAUGGGACGUGUAUGUUAGCUGAAGAGAGUAAAAGAGUGUCAACAACUUCAAUUUUGGAAUGUUUGGAUGGUUUUUAUUUGAAUGAUGGGGUAUGUCACAAGUGCACUGAAAAUGUUGUAAAAUGCACAAAUAGCGCAAUUUUACAAUGUGACGAUUUCUAUUAUCUCACGUCCAAUAAGACAUGCGAAAGCUCACAUUGCAUUGAUAAAAACUCGACAAACAACAACUGUUUGGAGUGUGAUGAGAAUUACGUUAUGACGAUGCAAGGUAUGUGCGCUAAACGUAUAAGUAAUUGUGUGAUCUAUAACAAUAAAUUGUGCAUUGAGUGUGAACCAGACUAUUUCAAUGUUGAUGGGAAGUGUGAGAAAGUCAAGUCUCCAGUGUGUAAAAUUGCCACAAACUUGGGUUGUUUGUCGUGCGAAGACUCGUUUUACUCAGACAAAAAUUUGCGCUGCCAAGCAUGUGCUUCAACAUGUGAAAGGUGUAUUACAAGGUCGAAUAUAUGUUAUUCAUGUUCUUCGGAAAUGUAUUUGUCUAAUGAGCAGUGUAGUUCAAACAUUGAAUUGGAUACAAAAUGUGUGUGGUACACGCCACAAGGAAAAUGUCCGGAGUGCAAUGAUGGGUACUUCUUGAAAGAGCUUGAGUGCUUCCCAUGUGAUGAGUCGUGUUACACUUGUGUAAACACAAACACCCAAUGUAUUACAUGUGGAUACAACUAUUUUAGAAAUGGGAGUGUCUGUUCUCCUAAAAGUGGUAUUGAAGGGUGUGCAGUUGAAGUCACAGAAAAUGGAUGUUCUGAGUGUGACAGUCACUAUUAUAAAUACAUGUCUGAGUGCAAGAAAUGUCCUGAUAUGUGUGAGACAUGUAACUCCGACCGGAAGUGCACUGGGUGUAAAAGAGACGAAAUUCUUUUAUCGAACGCGACUUGUGUGAAGAUGAAAAGUAUUCACUGCGUGAAGGUAACACAUUCAAAAUGUAUUGAGUGUGAGAAAAUAUAUAAACUUGGUUUCAAUGGUGAAAGUUGUCAAGAACGCAAUACAAAUCUGUUCUGGGUUGUAUUUAGUAUAUUUGUGUUUGUGCUUCUUAUCAUUGCAACAACAAUGUGUGUGUACUUUUCGUUAAAAAGAAUACAAACGAAUUCACUUCGUAAGAAACUUGGCAUCUUUCCUUUAAAAGUUAAAGAUGAAGAGUUCAUGAAACAAUUCGAAAAGCUUUCUGUGGGCAUUGUAGUGACGAAAAAGGUACUCAAAUUUGAUCAUGAAGAUAAUGCAAAGGAUGAACAGGGACUUAUCCCAAUUUGUACAAAAAGUGUUGAAACAUUCAAAAUAGGAAAUGUAAUGAAUAAGGCCGUGAAGUUCCAAGUCAUAACAACAGAAAACAACGAGAAAACCGACAUUGAAAUUACACCAAAUAUAUUCUUCCUGCGUGCAAAUGAAGGUUGUGUAGUCAGCGUUUCACUUACCCCGAUAUGUACAUGUCAUAUAGUUCAGAGUAUAAGUAUAGUCUCUCUCAUAAUGAAAGACCAUAAUGAACAAAUUGACACAAUUCAGGUUGACGCUCAGACUGAGUUAUCAACUUCCAUUGACCCCGAUGAGUUACAAAUUGUAGAGAAAAUCGGAGAAGGUUCCUUUGGGAUUGUGUACAAAGGAAAAUUCAAAAACAACACAGUCGCAAUUAAGAAAUUGAGAACCAUUGACGACGAUGCACUUGACGAGUUUAAAACGGAAGUGAAAAUGCUCGAUAAAUUUCGGUGUGAUUACACCAUUUAUUUCUAUGGUGCUGUGAUGAUAAGAAAUAAGAUAUGUAUGGUCACCGAAUUAGCUCAAUAUGGAUCAUUAAGAGAUUUGAUGGAGAAGUCAAUGGUUUUAGUCCACCCGACACCCAAAAUGAAAAUUAAAUUCAUGUUGGAUUUGGCUAGAGGUGUUGAGUAUUUACAUAACAACUCAAUAUUACAUAGAGACAUUAAACCAGACAAUUUGCUGAUCACUUCACUGGAAGAGAACGUCAAGGUCAAUGCGAAGAUUACAGACUUCGGAUCAUCGAGAAAUGUGAAUGCCAUAUUAAUUAAUUCGACAUUCACAAAAGGAGUCGGAACUCCAAAGUUCAUGGCACCGGAGGUGUUGGACAGAAAACAUUACGAGAAACCUGCUGAUAUAUUCUCAGUUGGGAUGACACUCUAUGAAACGUUUAAAUGGGGAUACGCAUAUGAUCCAGAAAAGAUCAAGUCGUGGGACAUAGCAGAUAACGUGUGUAAAGGACUUCGCCCUGAUUUGGAUGAGAUAGACGAACGAACCAGAAAUAUCACAAGCAGAUGUUGGGAACACCAUUUCGAGCGCCGUGCGAAGAUUAAAGAAGUUGUUGAAGAGCUUACUCAAUUAUAUGGAAGUCUCAAGUGA